AUUAAAGAUAACUUUUGAUCCUUGUUUCUUUCUAUAAUUUAAAGAAUAAUUGUACUGAAAAAUGUCAUUUGCCGCUGCCGACUGUUCAGGGGCUAGUAACCCUUUGUUGCAGUUCAACAAACACACUCAACAAGAUCGAUCUCUCCAACAUCAAGGAGUUCCAAAUGGAGCUAUUCAACAAGGAAAUAAUUUCAAAAAUGAAUCUAUGAUGAAUGCAAGAGAUAGACAGAAUAUGGAUCAAUUUAUGAAUAAUUCAAAUUCAGGGAACUUCCAAUUUCAACCAAUGAGGCAUGAAUUAAAUGCCAUUCAAAACUCUCUGCCUCAACAACAUCAACCUCAGCAACAUCAAAAUUGGUCUGGAGAAUUCUCUCCAGUGACACAUACACCAGUGAUGGGUAAAUCUGCUAGCCCAAACAAUUCACAAUGGGCCUCUGAGUUUGGACAAACUCUGCAAACUCCUCAUAUGCAACAGCAACCUCAACAACCUCAACAAUUCAACCAAAGAAUGACAUCAUAUCGUCCAAUGAUGGGUGGAAUGUCAAUGAUGGGUUCAACUCUUCAAAAUCACCUGGUACAACAACAACAAAACCAUGUUGUACAACAACAACAUCAAGAACCUCAAGUUGAUUGGGAUAAUCAUUUCAAAGAAAUUGAAGAACUUACCAGUAAAACACAAGAAGCUGACCCGGUUGAAAGAACUGCUUCUCCAGAAAUCGUCAUUGAUGAUAAAUACCAAGCUACAUUUCAAGAAGUGUGGGAUAAUUUGAAUUCUGAUGCAAUUGAAAAUGAUUUUAUUAGUCAACAAUAUGAAGAUUAUAAAUCUACUCAAGGCUCUACUUUCCCUGCUGAUAUGGCACAAUGGGAAAGAGAUUUUGCCAAAUAUGCAUCCACCAGAGCUCAUUUUGGUGAUUAUAACUUUGAAGAAAAGGAACAUAACCAAUUCCUUGAUCUUCCACAAGAUCAAGAUGCUUAUGAAAUUGGAUUACAAUUGAUGGAAAAUGGUGCUAAACUUUCCGAAGCAGCCUUGGCAUUUGAAGCAGCCAUUCAAAAGGAUCAAGGACAUAUAAAUGCUUGGUUAAAGCUUGGGGAAGUUCAAACACAAAAUGAAAAGGAAAUUGCUGGUAUCUCUGCCUUGGAAAAAUGUUUGGAAUUGAGUCCUGAGAAUUCUGAAGCAUUAAUGACCUUGGCUAUCUCGUAUAUUAACGAAGGGUAUGACAAUGCUGCAUUUGCCACGUUGGAAAGAUGGAUUUCAACCAAAUAUCCUCAACUUUCUGAUAAGGCAAGAGAACAAAAUCCUUCGAUUGAUGAUGAGGAUAGAUUUUCUUUAAAUAAAAGAGUUACCGAAUUAUUCUUGAAGGCUGCACAACUUUCACCAAAUCAAGCAAACAUGGAUCCCGAUGUUCAAAUGGGGUUGGGGGUUUUAUUCUAUGCCAAUGAAGAUUUCGAUAAAACUAUUGAUUGUUUCAAGGCUGCUUUAACCAUUAAACCUGAUGAUCCAGUACUUUGGAACAGACUUGGUGCAUCUCUUGCAAAUUCUAGCCGUUCUGAAGAAGCAGUGGAUGCAUACUUCAAAGCUUUGGAACUUAAACCAACUUUUGUAAGGGCCAGAUACAACUUGGGAGUAUCAUGUAUCAAUAUCGGCUGCUAUAAGGAAGCCGCAGAACAUUUAUUAAGUGGACUUUCAAUGCAUCAAGUCGAAGGUGUCGAUGAUAACAUGAAUUCUACCCUCAACAAUAAUCAAUCAUCUUCAUUGAUGGAAACAUUAAAGCGUGCCUUCAUUGCGAUGGAUAGAAGAGACUUGCUUGGCGAAGUGAAACCAGGAAUGGACUUGAACCAAUUCCGUGGAGAAUUUAACUUUUAAUCGGUAUAUAAAGUGAAAAGUCGUUUCUCCAUCAACCCCAAUCUACCAGGUAAUCCCCACAAAAAGGUUGUGUGCAGUAUAUGAAGAAAGAUUUA